AAAGCCCUAGACCAUCCCUAGACAAUAUAAUAAUGACAAAAGCCCUAGAUUGCACAAAACACAAACACAAAACAAACCAUACAAAGAAUGAAAAUUUCUAUUGAGAAAUUGUAGAUUGGAGAAACGUGGAGGCUGUAAAUCCUGUAAAUGAUGAAGAAUGCACAAAAAGAUUUGUAAGCGUUUGUAAUGAGUGGUAUUUUUAGCGUUUCGCUCGCUAUUUUUUAUGCAAUUCUGGAGGUACAGUUGAUAUUUGGUCUAUCAACUAGAGCUUUGUCAACAUUUAUGCGCUUAUGCGUUUUUCUACAGGAUGAGAUAAUAACGAAUAUUUGUAUAAAAUAAUUUAUGUGCUGGCGAUGCUAGGUCCCGGUACCAGUUAAGGAGUUAACAACCAAAUUUUCAAGAGUUGAAUUUCUUAUCCAGUACACGACUACGAGAAAUGUCAUUGCUCCCUAUGUGAUUUUGUGAUUGAUUACAUUCCUAAACAAUCUUCCCAUGCGUUUUUGGAUAUGUUUAUAAUCAAUAAUAAUAAUGACUAUUAUUCAGAAGUAAACAAAUGAUGAUUAUAUGAGUUUAGUAGGUUCCAGAUUUUCAGAUUAUAAACAAACAUAAUCACUCUGAUAUAUAAUGCCGUCAUGUUCAGCAUUUGGUUGCAAAAAUCGCUCGACACAAGGCUAUCUUAUGAAGGUUUUUCCAAGAAAUCCUUUAAGACGAGCACUUUGGGCUGCCAAAGUUAAAAGAAAAGAUUGGUUUCCAAAUGAUCACUCAUACUUGUGCGAGGUACAUUUUGAUAAUUCACAAUGGAAGCCAGUCACUUCAAAUGGAAAACGUAGAUUGAAAGACACUGCAGUUCCAACUUUAUUUUGUUUCACUGAGAAGCAAUCUGGUAGUGAGAAAGAAUCUACAGAAUUAAAAUCUACUAAUCCUAAUGGAUAUGCUAAAACACGAAGUUAUAUAAGUGUACUGACUUCAGAAAACAAAGAUUUAAAAGAAGCUACCAAUUGUUUAAAUCAUGAUGAUAGAUUUUCAAAUGAUGAAAUAUGCGAUCCAAAUAUACCCAGUGAGCAUUCUGGUAUGUAUGAAGUAUACUCUAAUUCAACUUCUGAUUGUGAAACUGAUGCUGAAGAUAAUAAAAUUCAUGUCCAGCCUAUAGUAUUUGAGAAUACGAAAAAUUGUAGUAAAAAUGACAAAAUAAAAGCAUUAGAAAAAUAUGUUAGUAAAUUAGAGAAUCAGUUGAAAAUUAUGAAAAAGGAUAUGAUUCGUAAAAAUGAAAGGUUGCAAUUGUAUAAAAAAAAGUUAAGAAAAGCACGAAUCGAAAAGAAACAUAUCGAAAUUACAGAUUAUGAAAAGAUGCUUAAAAGUAUAUUUAAUAAUGAUCAAAUAGCAGCCUUAUAUCGCAAAUCUACUAAUUAUAUGAAGUGGUGCAAUGAUACUAUAGAGAAAGCUAUAAAGAUCAAAACUAUUUGUGGAGUAGAUGGUUACAAUUUAAUAAGAAAUGUAAUACCUUUGCCUUCUAUAAGAACUUUGCAAAGGCACUUAGAACGCCUUCAAAAAUAUCCUGAUGAUAUAGAUGGCAUUUCAUCAUGUUCAGAUAAUGAAUGAUUGAUUUAAUGUACACUAUCAUUAUCAUUGACUUAAAUUACUUUUAACUUUUCUACAAUUAUUGCAUAUUAAACAAAUUAUGUUGACAAAAUCAAUUGAUGUUGAAUAUUGUUAGAUUUUAUUUAAUAUAUAUUACAAUAAAACUUAAAUUUA